GAACUUAAAAAAGGCUAGAUUUUGACGAGGUGGCAAUGUUGGCUUUCGCAAAUACCUAAAGAUGCUACUGUUAAAUUUACAGUCCGGCAUUGUUGCGGCGAAUACUGUUAAAGUGAAAUACACUAAAAAUGGGCAAAAGUGCAAAACAAACUGUUGUCGGUGUUUAUUUACCUAUCCAAAAAAAAAAAAUAACAAAACGCUGCUUAGAUGUUUUCGCUGGCAACCCGUGUGGCAGCCAUUAGCAAUUACGUGGAUUAAGUCGCCGCUCGCGACUUGCGCUGGGCACAGCCAAUGCAUAAUGCGACUCUGUCAGUAUCUAGUUGCCGCCUGCUGCAUCCACGUGCUGAUUGCCAGCAAUCACUGGGUGCUAAAGGAUGAGCGCAUUGUACAGAAAUUGGAUUCGCCGUUCUUUAUGCGGGAGCCGCACAAUCUGAUUGCCUUCUUGGAGCAGAUACGUUACAAUGAGUAUGUGGAGCGCAGCUAUUUGGAGCUGCUGCGCAAGCGGGAGCAAAUUGUCGAGCAUUUGCGUUUCUCGAUGCGCUUCGGCGAGGACCUGGCCGAGCAGGCCAAAUGCGCCAUGGACUAUUAUCUGCUGGAGAAGCGCAUGUCAUAUCUGAAGAUCACACCCGAUCAGCUCAAGCGCAUCAAUUUACCGGAACACCGGGAUUUCCAGCAGGGUUUGCCGCUGGCAUCGAUACGUACGAAAACCGAUCGCAACCUGGAGCCCAUCUGCAGCAAUUACCAUGAGCUAAGCGUCGGACCCGCCACGUACGAUCAUUUGGAUAGCUUUCAGCCGGAGGUGCUCGAGUCGGCAUAUGUGGAUCGUGAGCACGAUACGAAUAUCGGUACCGCAACCGUCGAGCUAACGCGACGCUUUGCGCUGGAGGGACUGCAGCGUCAGCCGGACUCAUGGAAAUUCCAUACGCUCAGCUCCUACUAUUGGCGCAUGCGCGGCAAUGCGCUGCAGGCGCUGCCCUGCGCUCGUCUCGCCACCAUGCUGGCGCCGCCCGAGCACAAGGAUAUACCGCUGCUCAGCCUGGGCACCAUACUCUUUCGCAUGGGUCGCCUGGCCGAUGCGGAUCUGAUACUCAGUGCUGCCGUCGAGCAUGCACCGCAGGUGGCCGAAAAUCAUGUGGUGCUCGCCUCGGCGCUGGCCAUGAAGCAUGACUUCAAUCGAUCGCAGCAGCAUUUCGAUGAGGCCGAACGCUUGGAUCCCAGCACCUUGCCGCGCACACAGCAGGUGCGCAACUUUAUAAGCUGCCUGGAGAAUCUGACCAAGAAGACAUCCAAAAUGUACAGCUAUGUGAAGUACAUGAAGAACGAGCUGAAGGAGUUCAAGAAGCUCAAACAGCGCAUAUUCCAGAAUCACGAGCGGCUCAUACAGCAGCAAUUGCCGUUGGGCGCGCGCCGUUUCCUUGACUCCCGGGCCAACAAUGAGGAUCUGCAUCGACGGGGUCAAUAUUGCAGUACGCGCACACCGAAUGGCUCCGAUGAGCCGGUGCUCUUCUGUGACUUCUACUCGGACAUGCAGAUGCGGCUCGAGAGCAAGGACAUUGACAUCGAUGUGCUGGAACGUGAUCUGAUGGCCAACACGGAGAGUGUUAUACGUCAGGUGUCCGCCGAGAUACGCAAACAGUUUAAUCUCGAGCAGCUGAAGGCGGCCAAGGCCCAGAUGCCGGCCAAGGCCUCCAAAUCCACGUAGAGCUCAAAUAUGCAUUCCCAAAAGCAAAACAUUUCGGGUCACAAAUUACCUUUUAAAUUGUUUCUUUAUUUUAUUUUUUUUUUAAUUAUAAUUAAUGUUUUUUUUUUAACUAUAUGUACAUAUAAUUAAUUAGUCAUUAAUAAUUAGUCUUAAUUCAGUU